CAUAAGAGCAUUAAAGAUGGAUCAUCAACAUAGCAAUUCAUGGACAUUCAGGCUGCAGAUUGGAUCCUUUACUUGAGUGUGACCUGGUUUUAGCAUUUAGGGCCGCGGCAUAUCAACGAGACAGUAUUAUAUAAUGAAAAGCAACGGACAAUUUUAUGAUGUGGUCUCCGGUGUUGCCAUUGGAUUAAUUAUGGCUCUGACAGAAGAAAAUUAGUUCUUUGACAUGCUUCAUCAAACAGUCAAUGGCAGGACAAUUUAGCUUGAUGAUUGAAAUUCAGAAAGUAAAAUGUAUUAUUUUUCUUAAUAACAAACUGGUGCUAUUGAUGUAUGUGUAUUGUAAUCAUCUUGCUUUAAAAAAGUGAAUCAUCAAAACAAUAAAUGUAUCAUAUGAUUGCAGAUGCUAUUGUUCACUGACUGAUAUUAUCAAAUUAGUGUACAAAAAUUUCAAGAGAUGGCACCUCUGUCUGCACUUUGACUUCCUGGUUGGGAAUUCCCACUCACUUGACUUCUUUUCUUGAUAUACAUAUGGUCAUGUGAGAUGCUUGGAAAUCAACUGUGUUGAUUACUUUCCUUAUGUAUGAUGCAAUAAUGGUUGGAUUGUAGAUCAUGAAAAGUGGUAUUCGAAGAUGGUAUCCCUCGGCGCACAUCUUUGUUUCAGCUGAACGUGAUAUUGAAAAUUUCAGAUGGACAGAUCAGCAGUCUCAAGUUCGCCCGAGAGAGGGCAUCUCCUUUAUCGGAGGUCCAACUCUUAUCAACAGAAAAAUGUUUCCCCGGGUUUGGUGUGUCUCAUGCUGGCCAUAGCGCUCGAGAGAAUCACAUUCUACAUUGUGACAUCAAAUAUGGCUGACUUCUUUGCGAAUGUGGUUGCCGUCAAUGAUACUCAGACUUCUGUAAAGACAUACUUGGUCUUCACUGGGACCGCCGACUUCCUUCCAUUAAUUGGUGGUAUGAUUGGUGACUCCAUGAUCAGUAGAUACGUCUGCACACUUAUAGGAUUUCUCAUAGAGGCUGUUGGGUCUGUUUUCCUCCUUAUUUUGAUGGCCAUUAAUGACGAACUCCCCAAGGUGCUCUUGACGGCGGGUGACUAUGGCCUAAUAUUCACUGGUUUGACCCUAAUGGCCAUCGGUCUUGGUUUCCAUCGAGUCAAUGCUUUGACUGUCGGCUGUCGGCAAGUUUGCCAGCAUACCGACCAGAAAGACAAUGUGAAGGCUGUUGAAAGGUUUUUCAGGGGGUAUUACUGGGUUACGAACAUCGGCAGCUUGAUUGCAUUCAUCAUUACUGCUAUAGCGGAAAGCACACAAAAGGACUCCAAAAAGCACGGACGCCACAAGCCAGCUUACUACCUUGGCAUCAUUCAGACUGUAACCCUUUUCCUUGGUGUCUUCUUUAUUAUCGUAGGGAAGAGAUGGUACAUCAGGACUACUCCAGAUGGCGGAAAUCUGAGAAAUCUUAGUCACUCCUUCUUCCGAAAAUGCACCUUUUUCAUCAGAUAUAUUCGACGUAAAAGUACGGCGAUGUUCACGAAUACUGGGUCCAGCCAGCAGCACCAACAAAAUACUGAGGAUGAAAUACUGGCACAUAUUUUCAGAAUAAUAUUAGUGACAUCAAGUCUGAUCAUGUUCCAGAUUAUAUAUUCGCUGGAACUUGGAAGCAUAUUCUUCCUUCAAGGACAGGUGAUGAAUUACCACAUUGAGAGUGCCACGAUUCCUAUACAAAUCACGAGGAGUUUUGAUCCUAUUACGAUUAUCAUGGUCCUGCCACUCAUCCACUUCCUGAUUACCCCUUGUCUCGCCAGCAGGGCUAGAAAUGUGCCCUUAUUGAAAAGAAUGGGGGCUGGUUUGCUGUUUGGAUGUGCAUCGGCCGUUGCGUGUGGUGUUGUAGAAACUGUCCGUCAUCAUUACUUUGCACACUGUAGCAGUACAUGUUUCUCAAUCUUCUGGCAAGUUCCACAGUUUGUGUUCCUGAGUUUGGGCGAAAUAUUCGUUAUUAUCACAAGUUACCAGUUUAUGUACUUGGAGAGCCCACCAAAUCUACAAGGAUUAGUGAUUGGACUCGGGUUCUGUUUACGAGCUUUAGGUGGCUACCUGGCUCAAGUUUUACUUGUCAUAAUAAAUGCUGCAGCACCGAAAUGGUAUCCCGAUCACUUUGAUGACAGCCAACAACAUGUGGAGUACUUCCUCUAUCUCCUGGCUGGAUUACAGCUGUUGUUCUUCCUGAUCUUCACUUGGCAUGCACAUGUAUAUCAUUACAAAUAUCUUUACAAGGAGACAGAGGGGAAUGCCACGAGUACACCAACAUGCCGAUCUCCGAUUCAGUCUGGAUUUCACAACUCGUAUUCGUCCUUGGGAUCUUUGUCAAUGAACUCACAAGACUCAUUAGACUCGUUGCUGCCCAGAGGGCAUUGAUGGUCAGUAUCCAGUGCUAAUUGUGGACUCUUGUUUACGAUUUGUGUGCCAAAGUUGCCAGUGGUUUGACAGUUAUGUUUGCAUGUGAUCCUAUGCGUUCAGACUUGGUUGUAGAGACUGUGAUCUAAACACCAGAUUCCAGUGCAGGGCUUGUCAGAAAUUUACUGCCAAGUCUCCUCUUAAAUUAAAAAUAAAAGAAUAGAUUUCCUUUGUAUACCACAGUUGUGGAAUGUGACGGCCUGUGGGCCUUCAUGCACAUUUGUUAGUCACGUGGUCUACUGAGUGCUACUAUUUUUGUGCAGAAAUCCAGCUCUCAACGACCUGCGAUCUGCUUUUACGGGCUUAUUGUUGCAUCAUUUAUUACCAGGUUAGGCUUUAUUUGUUCUUUGAUACACAUAGUUUUGUCUCACAUUGUGGCCGUUGACUGACUUUGAGCAGUUUUGUUGGCAUUGAUUUUAAAAGGCCAAAUUUGGGGCUAUUUUGGACGUUUCCGUGUGUUUUGCAAACAAUUUCGCCAAAAUGCUGUUAAUCCCGAAAGUGAUAGGCUAAUUUGGUAGUGUUAUGCCUUAACAGUCGCCGUGUCGUGUUUCGCCGAAAUUGAUUGUGUCCAAGGUAUAAACAAUAGGUCGUAAAGUGGCCCUAUCAACUUGUACGAAACUAACUGAACUUAUAACAUGAGAAUCGGCGCUAGCUUACGGUAUCUCGAUCUAGGCUCGUUUGUAGCCUUUCUACACUCUGAUGCCUGCGUUUGCUUUGAUGUCUAGAACGAUUAGGGACGAGUUUAUAAGGUAUCGGUCCCAUGUACUAUUACUUAUAGAUUCUUAUAUGCUGGUGCCAUCGGUUAGUGUGCAGUACUAACAUAUAAGCCCAUUACAAGCUGACAAUAGUGUUCAUGUCAACAGGUGAGCACAAUGGCCUUGGCCGUUUCAUUAACGUCAGUAAAACAAUGACCACGUGACUUUCAACGGCGCCAGCCUUGUUUGAAGUUUGUUUGUUAUAACUUAAAUUGCAUCAGCUCCUCUUGGAACCAAAACCAACUGAAACAUAGUGUAAACAACGAUAUUCUGACAGCUGCCAGGACUGACAAUACAAAUUCACUCGCCUAUUCUCCCUUUUAAUAUGUAUAAAUUCCGGGAUAAAAUCGUAUGUGUAUGUUGGUAGUCAUUUUGUCUACUGUGAUAAAAUGGUGCUAUUACAGACAAUAGUCUAUGUCUAGCCUGCUUUUGUAGUGUAAUAUAGAAAUAAAAUGAU